AUGAUUUCACGCGCCCCCUCCGCCCAUGUCAUCAACUCCUCCCGCCGCCGCGUACGCAAGUCGCGUGUACUUCGCGAGCUCAAGGGCACCGUUCUUGGUGUCACGACGGGCAACACUCCACGCGCCCGCACCGAAGAGAACAAGGAGAACAUCGCGCCGUGGGACGCUUCUACUCCUACCGCCAAGAACGUGCUUGGGCCCUCCAGGAAACAGUUCUAA